AUACCUAAACCGUCGCGUACUGACGACGUCAUCACCAAGGCGCCGCCCGCGUUGGCUGUUGUAGAAGUUCCCUCAUGGCGGAUUCCUUCUCCCAGGAGCUCCAGCUCCUCCUCAACCCGCGCCCAAAGUUCGCCGACCCGGAGGACGACGAUGACGAGGCGACCAAAGCCAAAGUCAGCGACGCUUUCGUCGAGGACGACCCGCAGGACGAGGCGGCGGUGGGCCUCAGCGCGCUGCGGAAGAGGAACAGCCUCCUGCUGGCCGACACUGACCGCAGGUACUCGGGGAAGGCCGUCUCCCGCAAGCAGCUGCUCAUGGACGAUGAGGAUGGAGACUUAGAGGAAGAUGACAAAGAGGUGGAUUCUUUAGGAGAUGAUGAAGAUGAGGACGGAAGUGAUGACGUCACUCUUCAACAAGUGACUGAGGGCAUGGAUGACCUGGGAGCCAGCGAGGAGGAUGACAGUGACGAUGAGGAGGAUGAGAGUGAUGAUGAGGAGGAGGAGGACGAGAGUGACGAUGAGGAAGAGGAGGGGGCCAUCUCCACUUUCUCCAAAGACCAAGUGUCCGAGGAGGUGGAGAAAGGGAAGGCGGUGAAGAACCAGCUGGCUCUCUGGGACCAGCUGCUGGAGGGCCGCAUCAAGAUCCAGAAGGUUCUGGUGAGCGCCAACCAGCUUCCUCAGCCGGAAACCUUCACCGAAUUCAAACGGCGGGGCGGGGCCGAGCUGGCGGGGGCCGUGAAGAAGUCACGCAAGGCCCUGAAGGCCCUUCAGAGGUCCCUGAUGGAGCUGCACCAUCAGCUGCUCUGGCAGAACCCCGACACCAGAACCGUGCUGAUGGGGGAUGAGUGCGACGGCGAGGAGGAGAGCGCGCCCGCCAAACGCAAACUGGACAUGGCUGACUACCCGGAAAUGGCGGCCAAGCGUUUCGCCGCCUUCCGACCGUAUCGUGACGCCACGCUGCAGAAGUGGCACGACAAAACCCGCCUGAGCACGGGGAAGAGCGGCGGCGGCGGCUUUGGGGCGUUCGAGCGCAACAUUGUGACUCAAGUGGAGCAGGUUCUGAUGGACAACGAGCGGCUGGUCAGUCGCACGCAGACACGGCGCUCCGAGUACCGCGUUCUUGGCAAGAGCGAGGCGUCGGACGCCGUGCCCGCCGAGGCCGAGGAGGAGGCGGAGGCACCCCGGAAGGCGAACCUUCACCUGAAGGACUUGGACGAGGACAUCUUUGACGACGACGACUUCUACCACCAGCUGCUCAGGGAGCUCAUCGAGCGCAAGACGGGCGCCGUGGACCCCAACGACCAGGUGGCGGCGGGCCGCCAGUGGCUGCAGAUCCAGAAGCUGCGCAGCAAGAUGAAGAAGAAGGUGGACACCAAGGCCAGCAAGGGCCGCAAGGUGCGCUACCACGUGCACGCCAAGCUGCUCAACUACAUGGCGCCCAUCCACCACGGCGCCAUGAACGACGAGGCCUGCAACGAACUCUACAGAGGCCUCUUUGGGCGCGACGCCUCGGUCCAGGAGUAAAGGAGGCGGACUCAGUAUGUCUUUGUAUUUACAGUAUCUACAGUCGCCUGUGUGUGUGUGUGUGUGUGUGUGUGUGUGUGUGUGUGUGUGUGUGUGUGUGA